CAAGACUCGCCGGCUGCACGCAUUUUUCUUCUCGGUCCUCUCUUCUCGGUUCUCUCAAUCCCCGGUCACCACCCUCACAGACACCAUUGCCAUCAUCACGCUCAUCAUGGACGAAGCAAAGACUCUCAUCCGGACGGCAGUGCGCACUUUCUUCCCGCAUCCCAAACAGAUCAUCAUUGUCGACGCCAUCCUCAUGCACUCAGUUCUACAAAUCGACGACCUGAACAUUCUCCUGAACUCUCAGCCAAAGGACAUCCGCAGCCUCAUCAACCCUCUCCGCACCGCCCGACUCGUCCAGACGCAAUCCCGAAAUGAAGCCAAGGUUGGCUCCACCAGACCCUCGGCCAGAGAGUACUACUUCUGUCCCUUCCACCCGGCCAUCGACGCCAUCAAAUACAAAAUCGCAAAACUCCGCAAGAAAGUGGAGGCGAUGUACCAACAAGACGAGACCAAGCGCAAAGACUGGCGCUGUCCGCGCUGCAAAGCAGAAUAUGAAGAACUUGACAUACUCGACAAAGUCGGAGACGAAGGCUUCUACUGCGACAGGUGCCAUGCGACACUGGUCCAGAACGAAAAAGUCGCCCUGAAAGACCGCGGCAACCACGAAAAGAUCAGAAAGCUGAACGACCAGCUCAAAAAGUUUGACGACAUGAUCCUCAAGAUCGAUCGGACAGACAUCCCCGAAAACGACUUCGCCUCAGCAUGGGACCGAAAGAAAGACGUCCCCCGACAGCAGGGAAGUGGCAAGACAGACACAUCAGAACAGUACGUUCCUCUCCAGAGAGGCAACAGGUACUACGACUACAAGAGAGGCGGCCCAGACAUGGUCGACGUCAAAAACCUCACCGUCAACCUGACCAGCGGAGAGGAACAGGAGCGUGAAGAGGCAGAGAGAAAAGAAGAGCGCAGGCAAUUCCUCGCCAAGCAGAAUCAACUGCCCGUGUGGUACACAAGCAGUGCAAUCGGGGCUACCACCAAUGGAACCGCCACGGCUGCUACCACCCCAGAAGAAGACGACGCAGGAGAAGAAGAAGAAGAAGGGGAAGGAGAAGAAGGAGAAGAAGACUUUGAAGACGUGGACGUCAAACCAGUCAAUGGCAUCAAGAGAGAGUAUGAAGUCGCCUUUGAAGGAGACUCGGAAGAAGAUGAAGAGUUUGAAGAUGCAGUUUAAGGAGGAGCACCACCACCACCACAACAACAAAGGAACUGCAAAGUGUGAUUGGAUCGCGAAUUGGGCAUUUUUACAUCAUGGCAACCGACAGGCAUCAUUACGUAUUGUUAUGGGUGUGUGUGGGAAAGACAGACAUUGUUAUGGCGGUGGGCAUUCUUACGACAUUAUUACCAAGGCAAGGGCAUUUUUACAUACAGGCAACAAAACCACAUUGUUAUCAUGGCAAGGAUUUCGUUUUUCAGCGUGGGUCGGAUGGGUCAGUAUUGACAUUGGCAUUGGCGUUGGUAUUGGUGUUGGCGCUGGUAUGGGUUUUCCAUUAUAAAGCGGAUUGGGAUUGGGCAUCAUUACGGAUCAUGAUCAUGACAAAAAGGCAUUCUUACGAACGGAAACCAACCUUUGGGCAUCAUUAUAAUGAAACAGACAGACAGUGUAUCAAUACAGUAUGAUCGAAACCUU